AAAUAUUGCACAUAAAGUUACAUCCUUUGGAAAAUGGCAUUAAUUAGUUUAUUAGGACUUCAAUUACCCAUUAAUUCAUCAAAUUGCCUACUUAAUAUUUCCGUUUUAACAAUAUUUUUUAUCCUUGCUUUCAACUCAUGCUCCGCCUUUAAACGUCCCAAGCAUUUCAAUUUAUCCACGGCCGCCGUGCAUUGGUCAUCUGCAGGUGCCACGUGGUACGGCAGCCCAGAUGGUGCCGGAAGUGACGGUGGAUCAUGUGGAUAUGGAAAUCUUGUGUCACAAGCUCCAUUUUCAUCACUGGUCACUGGUAUAGGACCAUCACUCUAUAAGUCUGGCAAAGAAUGUGGAGCUUGCUACAAGAUAAAAUGCACAAAGCACCCGUUGUGUUCGGGAAAAUCGGUACGAGUUGUGAUAACCGAUUUUUGCCCGGGUGGGCUCUGCGUAUCGGACACUGCCCAUUUUGACCUUAGUGGAACAGCUUUUGGCGCCAUGGCCCUCCCCGGACAAGAGGGCAAGCUUCGUGACGCUGGAAUACUUCAAAUUCGAUUUGCACGUGUCGCAUGCGAUUAUGCCGGGAAAACCAUUGUGUUUAGGGUUGACCCAGGGUCAAAUCCUAGCUACAUUGCAAUGGUAAUCGAAUUCGAAGAAGGAGAUGGAGAUCUGGCUCGGGUGGAGCUACAACAAGCCUCAAACGAGCCGGGCGAGUGGUGGGAAAUGAACCAAUCGUGGGGUGCCGUUUGGCAGCUGAACCCUGGCUCGAAGCUCAAUCCUCCGUUUUCAGUUCGAUUGACAUCUCAAUAUUCUGGCCGGACUUUAGUGGCUGAAAACGUGAUUCCGGUCCUGAAAUGGGAGGAUGUGGAAAUUGGGGAGCCUAAGGAUGGAGAGAUCAGAGUGAAGAAUAAAGCCAUCGGCUUGAACUUCAUCGAUGUUUAUUUCCGGAAAGGGGUUUACAAGGCUCCAACAUUACCCUUCACUCCUGGAAUGGAGGCUGUUGGUGUGGUGACAGCUGUAGGGCCCGGGCUUACUGGAAGGAAAGUUGGGGAUGUUGUUGCUUAUGCAGGUCUUCCUAUGGGCGCUUAUGCGGAGGAACAAAUCCUUCCUGCUGAAAAAGUGGUGCCUGUGCCUCCUUCAAUCGAUCCCAUUGUAGCAGCAUCUAUCAUGCUCAAGGGAAUGACUGCUCAAUUUCUUGUCCGCCGAUGUUUUAAAGUCGAGUCAGGGCACACAGUCCUGGUUCACGCAGCAGCUGGUGGGGUGGGGUCCCUUUUGUGCCAGUGGGCAAAUGCACUUGGGGCCACUGUUAUUGGGACAGUCUCUACAGAAGAGAAGGCAGAUCAAGCCAAAGAAGAUGGGUGCCACCAUGUCAUAUUGUAUAAAGAAGAAGAUUUUGUUACACGUGUCAACGAGAUAACAUCCGGUAAAGGCGUUGAAGUUGUAUACGACUCUGUUGGGAAGGACACUUUUGAGGGAUCACUGGCAUGUUUGAAGCUGCGUGGAUACAUGGUGAGUUUCGGGCAGUCGUCUGGCAGUCCCGACCCAAUCCCACUGGCGGCACUGGCGGCCAAAUCCCUGUUCUUGACAAGGCCCACUUUAAUGCAAUACACAGCGACUAGGGACGAACUUCUGCAGACAGCCUCUGAAGUAUUCACCAAUGUGGGCUCGGGCAUCUUACGGGCCCGAGUGAAUCAUACGUACCCAUUGUCUCAAGCGGCCCAGGCCCAUGAGGACCUUGAGAACAGGAAGACUUCUGGAUCUGUCGUGCUCGACAUGGUGAUGGAAACGUACUACAGAAAACGCCACAAAAAACCAAAAAAUGAACCCACCUCGGGAAAGCAGAAAGAGGCCGAGCAAGUAGCUACGGCCGCCGGAGAACCUCCGAGUUCACGCCGGCAGCACUACUUUACACCUCCGCCGCCGCCUUCAACCCACCACAGUUCACUUCCAGUCGAAGAACCAGAGGAUGCCGGAAAAUCAUUGGUACAGACACAGAGCCACAUUCUAUCCGGUUAUCUUUACGAGAUUGAUCACUGGAAUUUGCCCCCUCGAUCUCCAGCUCAGCUCAGGCUCAUUAGAGUUGCUAUGGUCUGUGAGAAGACUGAGAUGAAUGUCUCCGUAAGAUUUCCCAGCAAGGAGUCCCUGAAACAGUUCUUCGACUACAGAACAAAGAAAACACACCCGGCUCUUGAUGAAAAAUUUGUGAUGGGCAAUUCCUUGGCAGACAAAGUGCUUACCAGGAUAGUUCCGCCGGCUACAUAUAACCAGCAGAAAAAUUUGCAGAGUUUCUGGCUGAUUGAUCCUCCAGUUGGUGCUUGUUAUAAUUUACGCAGGGAUGACAUUAAAAUUAGUGUUGCGCAUAAAAUGGGUGCUGAUCAUGGCUUAUCUGAUGCAUUGAGAGGGAAUGGGAUGGUGAGGUGGGGGGUAAGAAGGCAGGUCAAGUAUCUGGGCAGGCAUAAGGAGAUUGAUUAUGGUGCUUGUGGUUACAUUAAUGGGCAGUCCUCAAGCUUUAUGAAUGGUAUCGAGGGGUUCGGGGUUGAGCUGGGUUCUGCCGCAGAUUUUGAUGAUGACAGAAAAUAUGUGGAGGUAGAGAAAAAUGAAAAUAGUAAUGGUGGUAGAAAAAAAGAUGAAGAGAUGGUGAAGGAUGAAAGUGAAGAAGAUGACGAAACUGCUAAUAGUGAUGGUCCAGAAAAUGAGGAAGAACAAGAAGAAGAUGAGGAGGAGGAAGAUGAGGAAGGAGAAGAAGGAGACGACGGGGAGGAGGAGGAGGAGGAGGAGGAAGAAGAAGAAGAAGAACUUGUAAUGGUUAAGAGAGGCACUAACACGAGUUCGAAAAGAAAGAGGUACUCUUUCAGAAAUAUUGCUGUUAAAAAACCCAAGAAAGAAAAUCCUAUUCAGCUUAAGAGGCUAAAGAAUAAGACCUCCCAUGCCAAGAAAAAGAAAGGCAGAGGCAGGUGCAAGGAAGCACUUGUUCCGAGAGACCCAAAAGACCGUUGGUCUGCUGAAAGGUACAAGCUAGCUGAGACAAAUCUUGUGAGUGUGAUGAAGGCAAAAGCAGCAACAGCUGGAAAACCAAUUCUGAGGCCUCAACUGAGGGCAGAAGCUAGAAAGACAAUCGGGGACACCGGGCUUCUCGACCACCUCCUGAAGCAUAUGGCCGGAAAAAUUGCACCGGGAGGCAAGGAGAGAUUCAGACGGCGGCAUAAUCAUGAUGGGGCCAUGGAGUAUUGGUUGGAGAGUGCUGAUCUCGUUAACAUCAGGAAAGAAGCUGGGAUAACCGAUCCUUAUUGGAUCCCCCCACCCGGGUGGAAGCCGGGUGACUCGCCAACUCAGGACCCGGUUUGUGCAAGGGAGCUGAAGCUUUUGAAAGAUAGCAUAACCAGAAUGGAAAGAGAUUAUAUGGCCACAAAGAUGCAGCUGGAGGAUGAUGUGAGAAGGUUAAGGAGGGAAGUUGAAGAGCUUUCGGCAUCAAAAAGGAGUCGGGAAGAAGAAAAUCAAGCCAUCACAAUAAAUUUGAGUCGUUCGGACAUUAGCCAAAUGCUGAACCAGCUUGCCACUUCAUUGGAUUCCUCAAAAACCGACAUCGGCAGUGUCCAAGUUGGAGAGUGCAAGGAACACCUUGUGGUCAUCUCUGAUUUUGUGAAAGAGAUACAGGAAAGCACAGCCAAGUCCAUCGCACUCAACACUGCUAAAGAAAGAGAAACAGAGGACCACCCAUCAUCAUUGGCCCCAACAGACACUGUAAUAACCUUACCAGAGACUGUGAAUAAGCAAAACAACAGUGGCCAGCCAACAUCAAAUGCUGCAGCAGAAAAGGCAGCAAAGAUUCAGAGGAUGAAGAGUGGUUUCAGGAUCUGCAAGCCACAGGGGACUUUCCUCUGGCCUAACAUGGUCAAGGAUGGAACCAUGGUUCACUCUACUGGUUCUAACCAGGUCACAGUCCAGGUGGAGGUCCCGACUCCUCCUUCGGUCAACUCGUCGUCUGGUCUAACCUCACCUCGGCUGCUCGUGAAACCGUUGGCUGAGAAACGUGCGGUUAAGGUGACUAUGCCAACAGGGUCAGGGUUCGAGGAUGCUUUGGUCAACGUCAACAGUGCCCCAGCAAAGCCUAAUGAUGUGUCAUUGGUAUCAGCAAAUUCAAGCUCAACUGUGUGGGAGAUUAGUGGAGCUGAUAAUGGGCCAGGAAGUGUAAUGAGAUUGGGCUAUGAUCAGAAGAUAAACAGUAAUAGGAACAUCAACUGCAGCCCAUCAGCUAUGAGCCACAACUGGUUGGCUCUCUCUUCUCUCAGCCCAGCCUCUGAUGAUCAGUCCACCAAUGGCCAUGGCUAGGUCUCAUCUCUUUAUUACACACAACAAACACAAAAUAUAUA